AUGAAGUUACUCACUGUUAAUUUUCUGACAUGUGCUGUUAAGGCAUGUAAGGGAUCUCCUUCAGCAUUUCCCCUCCAUUUUCGCGAUGUCGAACUUGAACUUCAGGAUGUUGAUUUCCAGCCGGAUUUCAUACGCAAUAUUAUUCCUCGAGUUGAUUGGGAGGCCCUGCAUAAAAUGGCAAAUGAACUCAAUUUCCCCAAUAUCCCCGAAACCAAGCCAGAGGGCGAAGCGCUUGAAAGCGAACAGCUUCUAAGGGAUCUUCACCGGUUACUACUGGAGACACAGGUUGCAGAGGGAAAGCUUACGUGCGGAAACUGUGGUCAUGAAUAUGUCAUCAAAGAGGGAAUUGCAAAUUUUCUCCUUCCCAGUCACCUAGUAUGA